CGUUUACGUAGAAUAGACAGAUGUGUUCACGGCCACGAUGGGCGAUGAUUCUUUGAUAUUACGAGAAGAUGGUUAUAUACGCAUGAACUUUCCUGUUACUUCUCUAACGUACCACAGUAACUUGAAUAUAAUUUUGGUGAAGACUGACGUAGGUGGUGUACACGUUUUGGAUGUGAAUUCUGGUGUGAUUCUUCAGUCCUCUUGUCUAUCAGCGGAUGAUGGGGGUACACUCGGCGUGGAGUACGCGGCGGGCGCGGACCGGGUGUUCGUGUGGGACAGCAGCGGCGUGGGGGCGCGCACCGACUACAACGGAGUGCUGCUGCUGCACACGGCGUUACAGCGGCCCCUGCCCUCCUCACAACCCGACAAAAUCAUAAGGAUCGAGCUCGUGCUCUCUGAAGCUGUCCUCCUAUACCAAUGUCUUCAAAGCCUGGACGUGUUGUCCAUCGAGGGCCUCAGUGACUUCAUCAACGAGCUCAAGAAUUCCAUUGACGUGGAGCCCGUGCGGAAAGGCGUCAAGGCACAGAAAUGGAGCACAGUGACAAUCUGUCUACCACAGUCAACGGUGCGUCUGGUGACGACAGGCGUGGUCCAGGAGUUGAAGAGUCAGAACCGGCGAAUCCCCGCGUUGGCUAUCGCGUCUGCCGUGGGCCAGCGGGCCAACGAGCUGGUGCCAUGCUCACGGGAUGAGGAGUCGCGGCCAGUCAUGUACUCAGAGGCCGAGCGCAAGGAGACCUUCAAGCGGUGGCCGCAUAUGGAUUACAAAUGGGCGCUCCCCGCGCGGAUGGCACAGGCGGGGUUCUACCACCAACCGUCGCCGUCAGGGGACGACCGGGCCAUGUGUUUCACCUGCAUGGUGUGUCUCGUCUGCUGGGAGAAGUCGGACGAGCCCUGGGUCGAGCAUGAACGCCACUCGCCCAACUGUCCCUUCGUGCGAGGAGAGUACACCCACAAUGUACCUAUAUCUGUCACAAACGCAACCGCCUGCGCAGUUCCAAACCUGAACGUGGCGGUGGUAUCGAAAGGCAACACUGGGGACCUGAUAGCGACAGGCACUGUGGACGGCAAGGUCAACGUGUGGAAAUUCGACUGCGGUCUCAAGCUCGUCAAGUUCAUCCACCUCUCGCCAUACGAUUCUAUCUUCAGCGGGAUCCUCGCGACAGACAGUAAUAAAGUCUGGUCUGCCAGUCUUGAGAAGGAUAGUUCAACAUACGGCGUGGAGCUGACAGCGAUGGCGUUCGUGGGCAUGACGUCACGGCAGGAGCCGUACCCGCAGCAGGGCGGGGACCCCGCCGACAAGGAUAACGGCAGCAACAAGAGCAAGCCUGCGCUCGUGUGCGCCGUCACCAUCACGCGCACCGCGCCCCACACCGACCAGCCCAUCAAGGAAGACUCCAGCAAGGCCCUCUUCGAAUCCGACAAGUCCAAGGAAACCGUACAAGCCAUGAACGACCAGAACGAAGCCAAAAGCAACCUCGCUCCCACCAACAAAAUGCUAUUCCUCCUCACGUACGACAUACAUAGCUCGCUGGCCGGCUCCAUCACCACCGUGGUCCACACAUCCAACAGCAGCGGCAACUCCAAGCCCGGCGGCAGUAAGAAGGUGCACACCGUCGCCCGCACCGACGACGCCAACAUUUACGACGAAAUAUACUUUCAAUACUCUGACGAAGACACCGAGCUUCCCCAGUGCACGAGCAGUCUCAUAGACGAACAAAUCAGCAAUGUUAUCAACCUCAACGCGUCCUCCAGUAAAGAAGACUGCAAAACUUGGGAACCGAAGAAGAUUAUAUUUACGAAACAGUUUAAAGUAUUACCGCCGCCUCCAUCCACGGCCCUGUUACCGGAUCUGCCCGAGUCCGGGCAGGGCAGCAUGCUGGACUUCGUCGGGCAGAUCUCACAACUCAAGAGCUGGAAGAGCGGAAACCUCGAGUCGGUCGGCACCAAGCUCGCGGACCAGACGGACGCCGUGCUGCAGCAGGCCGACCCUAUCACGCACUACCUCAACAUGAACGGACCUCUGGAGAUUUCAGAUCUGAAGUGGUACGAAGGCGGCGACGGCACGGAGAAAGUGAAGGUGACGACGUUCGGCGGCAGCAAAGUGGGAACUACAACAGCUGUGAGUAACAGCAACAACGACGGUUUCGACAGUGACCCGCCGCAGGAAGAAGUGAUCUCACAAGGUAUAGCGAUACAGUGUCUUAGUCUUCCAGCCAAGCUCAACCUCAGGGAGGAUUCCCGCGUUACACAUCUACUGCCAACGGAAGACAAGGAACACUUACUCGUAGUGAUAUCUAGUAUCGAACCAGAUAAAAUCAAAAUCGAGGAGGAAACGGACGGCGACGGUGAUAUUAAGAUGGAUGUGGACGAGGUGGCAGAAGCGACUGAAAAACCUGACAAGUCUGACACGAGAGCUUACUUGCUUCUCUUCAAAAUAAAUAACAAAACUUCCAUAUUCACGUUAGAAGACAAUCCCGUCUCGAUGAAAGAGUUACCAUUCAACGAGAGUCCCGUAGACUUGUGCUUAUUACCGAUGGACAAACAAGAACAGUAUUCUUUCGCAUCUGUCGGUGUCGACGGCAGUUUACGACUGUAUUCCUUGCCAGACUUCAAAAUGUUGUCAGAAAAGCGAGUGCCUAAAGGACAGUUCACUUCGGUCGUCUAUUGCGCGUCUGUCGAACGACUCAGCGUCUCGACCAAACACGGUAUGAUCUACUUCUACGCUUUGAACAACGGCGAGAAGGAUUCUUCGGGUGAUAUAGACGAGGACGAAUUUGCGAAUAUAGAUUUCGAUAUGCUUCAGCGAGCGCCUCGGGAGGAGAUCGGCAGUCCCUCCGCAGCGCCGGUGAUCGUGGCCAACAAGACUGAAUUAGACACGUCCGAUUUAGAGACUUUGAUUACUUUGACAGGGUCUUACGGAACCAACACGACAGUUCCUUACAGCGCAGUGGUGCCGGGCUUCUGGUGCGAGCUGUCGCCCGCUCAGCGCUCGCGCUCCGACCACCAGAACAACCGGACGUGGAGGCUGCAGAACACGUCCUCCACCUGGGACGAGCACGUGCUAGAGCUCACGCUACCGUAUAGCGUAUCAUUAGCUCAUAUAGAGUUCGGCUUCACUCUGCACACUGCGUGUACGGCGAAUCUGCCAAUAAUACAAGUGACGUUGCUCAAGCAAAAUCUCCACGGAAUUGGCUAUAAAAAGGAUGCGUCGUUCGGACAUCGAUCCGAUUCUCCGACGCACUUCCCGGUGAUCGAUCCGGAUAUGUCGAACUUGGAGAAUCCUGUGAACAGCGAGGAGUACUUACAGGCGCACAACGCCGAGAUUCUGGCUGGCCCAUUGCUGUUGUCCUCCGGGCUGGACUUGACGCAGCAGUCCGGCUCGCUCAUCCUCACCAGCCCGCGCCUAUACCGCGCUAGGGGGAGAACUUUCCUCAUACAUAUAAAAACACUAUUUGAUCCAGCGAAGGACAUGUCUAAGGGAUCUGUGAAGGGAGAGAGCAGUUCCAAGAAAUCUGGCUUCAUUGGGUGCGACUGGCUGCAUCAGAUUUCGUUGACGGUGCGAGCGUGCCCGCACACAGAGGUGCCGAUGGAGCGUCAACAAAGGAUAGCUAUGCUGGAAUCUAACGGGUUCUUGAACAACUUAUGCGAGAUUUCGAUAGGCAAGGGUGAUUCGGAGAAGCGGAAGCUCGCUUUGGAUUUGCUUUUGUGGGUGAUAUCGAUAAGACUGCAGAGGAUGCGACUGGCCAAGUCUGAAAAGGGCAAGGACAAGGAUGCUAUGAACCCUCUGGAGACGCAGCAGCUGGAGUGUGUGAAGAUUGUAGAGAAACACGUGGACGCGCUCAUCAAGAACUGCAUACUCUGUGCCAACAGGAGCAUCGCGAAGAAGUGCAUCAAGAUCAUUCUGACAACCAGCGAGGGCGUUCGGCAGCUUCCAAAGCCUUGGAAGUCUACUUUCGAGCAGACGUUGAUAAACAGCGUGGUGGCGUGCAUCCCGUACCUGGGCGGCUGCUCGUCCCCGGGAGCGCUGCGCUGGCUGGUGGCACUCGCCCAGCACGCCACGGGCCGCGGCGCCGCACCAGACCUGGUGGCGCGCUGCCAGGCGCUGCUCGAGAGCACGGCCAAAUGUCUGCGGGAACGCGCCGACGUUUAUCACCACCUGUUGAAGGCCAGGUUCGGCUUGUAUGGCCUGCCUCUAGAGCGUCAAAUCUUCGCAUCGGAAGUGCCAGAGCUGGGCCGCGGCACUUCAACCCCGGUGACAUACGCCAGCGUGCUCACCGGAGACACGAGCACCCCGCCAGCCGCCAAGCCCGACUACCAGCUCAAGGAUUUGCUCAAUCUGCCGCCUGAUAUCGACCCGAAAAACAAGACAAACUCGACGGCUUGGUGGGCGCAGAACAACGGGGUUGCCAUAUUCGGCGCGGGGCUGAGCGAGGCCAUGCCUCUCCACGUGACUUGCCACGUGGCCUCUGAUGGGACCAAGUUGGAGUCCACCGGCGCCAGACACCACCCCGCUGUUGUCAGCACCCUGCCUGGAGAUCCGCAGCAGUUGUGGUCAGUCGUGAAGGAAGGGCAGACGAAGCAGUCCUCACAGGACCCGGACUCUUUAGAAGACGUGGAGAGCUCCCUCAUGGAAUGUGAUCCUCAGGACAAACAUGACUUCAACGAGGACAAGUUCUUUAAGGAACAAGAGCAGUGCGGUAUUCCGUGGGCGGCGCUAGUGACGCGGCCACCGCAACACACCUUGGUGGUGGAGCGCAUGCACUCAGGAGCACGGCGGUACAUCGUGCUCGAUUUCGGGCACACCGUGCGACUUACUGACUUGAUAAUUCCGUCGUGCUCGGACCUGGUGACGCUAUGCAUCGACAUCUGGACGCACGGCGAGGAGUCGGACUGCACCAAGCUGGCGUUCGCCACCGAUAUUGCCACCAAGCACCUCGUGCUCACGGACAUACAGCCGCCGCCGCUCUGCCGGUAUAUGAAGAUAACAACGAUAGGCCGAUACGGCAUGUCGGCGAUGAAGUGUAAGAUACCCCUCGGAUGGUUCUACGGCGAAAUCGCGGAGAUCGCGAAUGUCCCUGCCUCCAUCAACGCGCUGAACGCGCUGCACCAGGACUUGACUUGUAGAUUCAGACUUGCAACGGGUAAACUGAUGGAUCUCCUGAAUCCUUACCUGGAACUAUACAACGGCAACGCCUCUCACAUGAUGGCGUACCUCAACCUGGCCAAUGACAUCGACCCUAAGGUCGUCACGGCUUACCAGGAGUGCAUAGAACUACAGCAACAACUGCAUACUUGCACUAACGUACUGAAGAAGCUUCAAGGCGGUUCGGAGUGCAACGAACAGGUGUUGGAAGCCAUCAAGAGAGGUACAGUGACGUCGGAAGCGCUGCUAGAACGAGCGUCGACGGAUAAGCUACGAGUGAUCAGUGAGAAUAUCAUCGAUAUGCUCCUGUACUUCUACUUCCAGAUGGCUGAUGUGCAAUACGGGGAGGUAUCCUUGGAGUGGUGCAGCACAGUGUCCCCCCUCGUAUGGGAGUGGGGCGGCGGCGUGGCGGCGGCGCUAGCCACGCUGCUGGCCCGCGCGUGUGGCCAGCACAGCUGGUGGGGGCCGCACCUGGCGGACACGCUCACGCAGGCCUUCGCCUCGGUCGAUGCGCCGCCUAGCGCGCUUGACAGGACCCUAGUACUAGUGAUGUACAUGUGCCGUAAGAGCUUGUACUCGCACACGGACCCUGAGGCUGGCGUGACACAGGCACUGAGCGCACGCGCCCUGUCGUUACUGCGAUCACCGCGGCCCCAGCCGGCGCUGCUGGCCGCUGUGCUGACAGCCCUGGCUUCCGUGCUCGACAGUGUAGUUGCUACUGGCAGUAGACACAGCAGGUGGGAGUGGGUGACGGGCGGGCGCGCGGGCGCGGGCGCGGGCGCGGACGCGGCGGGCGCGGCGCCGCGCGCCAACGACUGCAAGCUGCACCGCCGCAAGCUGCACAAGAAGCUGCUGCAUCAGAUGCAGGAGCUGGAGGCCGCGCGCAGGGGCAUACAGGUCGCGCUGGAGGAGCAACAGGCUCAUUACCUGUCACUUCAGCGCGCGCGGUUCAGCCUGAAAGCGCGAAUGGCGAUGGUUGGCAAGAGCGGCGGCAAGGCGGAAGACGAGACGGGGGCGGAGCCCGGCCGGGGGGCCAGGGUGCUGCCGCCGGCCGCCGCCGCCGCGCUAGCGCAGGCGCUCGUGCAGCAUCUGCUGGCGCUUGACUCUUGCAGCGGCGGGGACCACCUCACGCUCUGUGCUAAGGUGGUCGGCCGUCUAUGCGCGUUAUGCGGAGGCGCGAGCCUUCUAGAACCUUCCUGCGUGUUGGGACUCGCGCGGCUAUGUGUCACGCUGCCGCCUUGGCCGAGGCAUGCGCUCACUACGUUGCUACAGGACUUAGUAGAAUACGAGAGCGGGGAGUCGUCCCCGCCCUUGUCUGCGGAGGAGCCGCAGGCGGAGGCGAGCGGCGCGGGGCCCGCGGGGGGCGCGGGCGCAGGCGCGGCGCGCGGCAGCCGCGUGCUGCUGGUGUCGCCCGACGAGUACCCGCUGUACUUCGGAAAGGCGCUCCGGUUCAAGUCCGUCACUGUUGCCAUUCCAGAACAAGUGGACGUGCUACCAGGCACCAUCAAGAUGGAGGAGCUGGCGCAGGUGGCGGAGUCCGACGACUCGGAGCCCGAGCUGCAGUACCAGACCGUCAAGCGGGACCCGCCCAACAACAAGCCUGUCGUUACCAAUACAUCCAGCAACAUCUCGACGUGCGUGGACGCGCGGCUGGAGAGCGGCGUGGCGGCGGCGGGCGAGGCGCGCGCGCGGCGCGUGCUGGCGGGCGGCGGCGCGGCGCUGGCGGCCGCCGUGCGCGCGCCGCCCCCGCCCGCGCCCCGCGCGCGCCCGCCGCCGCCGCCCGCGCCGCGCCACCACCCGCCCCUCACGCACACGCUCUACGACGUGUUCCGACAUCUGGCGCUGGAGUUCCAUUGCCAGAUGGAGUGCACGUUUAUGGAGAACGUGGUCUCGCUAUGGCUGACGCUGAACGGGUCGCUGUGGGGCGGCGGCGGCGCGUGGUCGCUGGCCGCGCUGGCGGUGCCGGCCGACACGCCGCGCAUCCGCCUCGCCUCCGACACCGUCAACGCGUUGCUGCAGGCGCUCUGCACAUUAGAAAACAUCUCCCUGCGAUGCUGGGUGCUCUCGAUGCAAGCGUUGGCGUGGAUUGCCAGUUUACCUUUACAGACAGAAGGCAGUACUCAGACGAUGGGCCGCGUGAUCCUGGAGUGCGAACACUUCGUGCCGGCCAUCGUCAAGUUCAUCACCAUGAAUGUCAGCACUGACGGCGCUGUCGCUUCCUCUGAGCCUUAUCUGGGCGGAGUGAGCAUAGGCGCAGGCGCGGGCGCGGCGUCCGCGCUCCACUCAGUAUUAUCCCGUGUGGUGUGCGCGCGGGGCGCGGGCGGGGCGCUCGCCGCGCUGCGCAUGGUCUGCGCGCUGUGGAGGAAGGACGCCGACCCCGGCACAGCUUACGACCUGCAAGCCACCUUGCUGAGGGUGGCACACCCCAUGCUGCAAGUACUCAGCGGCAGGCACACGCAUCACGCCAUCGCCUUGUUUGAAGCUGUCGCUCACCAAUCGUCGGUAUGGGUGGGCGAGAGCAGUGGCUGGCGCGCGGAGGGCGGGGCGGAGGCCCGGCUGUCAGGGCUGCUGGCCGACGUGCUCGCAGGCGGCGGCGGCGGGCGGCGCGCCCCGCUGCGGCGCUCGGUGCUGGCGCAGCUGCUGCACUACUGCCGCAAGCUGCUGGCAGUGCCGCUGCACCACCACCCGCACCAGUCAACCGCGAGUGGAAGCGGUAGCGGUGCUAGCAGCAGCGGGACGAGCAGCGAGCAGUCUCAGACUGAUGAAAGCAAGGCGCAACACUCUGCUCAAGACAACACUAACCUUGACGAUGAGAGGAAGCAGCAGGCUGCCCGGACGCCCUGCGUCGCUGAUACUGUUCUUCAACAUCCGCUCAUCAUGCAGAGAUUCUACAGAACUUUAUCUAUGUGCGACGGCAUGAAUACACUGCUGCUUAACUCAGGCAUGAGUUCGGAAUCUUCAGCGGAGUAUUCGUCGCUGAAGGAGGAGGUGUUCUGGCUGGUCGCGCACAUGGCUUCGGUAGCUUCGAGCCCCGCGCUUAUGGUGCCUAGUCUUUUGGAGUUCCUCAGAAAAGAAGAAAUAGUGAACCUGUCACAAGCAAUGCAGCAGCUAAUCAUCAGGCUGCUGGACAAGCCGGAAGCUCUGAACGCGUUUAUUGAAGCUGGUGGACUCGAGCUGGCCGUUGAGAAACUCACUGCUUGCCAUCAGGCGGGCCCCAGCAGCUCCCAGGGUCUGGUGUCAUCGCUGAUGAACUACCUGAAGCUGCCUCCACAACUAAUCAACCUGUCGACGCCCGCGGCCGGCAAGAACACUCAACCACCUGUCAUUGAGACCGCUAGUGGACUCGUCAACAUUGCGCCGCUAUGCACGGUGUCGUGCGGCAACCCCACGGCGCAGGCGGCGGACGUGCUGCUGGACGGCGGCGGCGGCGGCAUGACGCCCAGCGGCGCCUGCGCCGCGCGCCGCGUGCGGGCCGCCGCAUGGUCCUACCAUUUCUUCAGCGCCGACGACGCGUCGCUAGCACUGACACUGACGCUGCCGUACGCCGUGCAGCUGCAUGAGGUUCAACUGCAGCCGCACCUCACCAGUCUUGCCACAUGCCCAGGCGCAGUGGCAGUAGAAGCCGGCUGCGGCGGCACUCUGGCGCCCCUUGGCCCACCACAGAACACAGCCGGCAUGACAUUCAUCCGGCUCGCGGUGUCCCGCCCCAUCGUGUGUAGCACCGUGCAGAUUCGGCUGUACAAGCCGCGCGACAGCUCCAACAUGGGGCUGCUGCAGCUACGGCUGCUGGCCCAGCCGGCCUUCAACAACCAGCUGAACAAUGCUUCCACCAACAACUGGGCGCGCGUGGUGGCGGCGUGCACCCGCGGGCGCGCGGGCGCGGCGCGCUGGGCGGGCGCGGCGGGCGCGGGCGCGGGCGGCGCGGGCGCCGUGCGCGCGCUGUGCGCCGCCGUGGCCGCCGGCGCCGCCGCCGCGCCGCACGCGCACCACGCGCUGCUGGCCGCCGCGCGCGCCGCGCCUGCGCUGCGCGCGCCGCUGCUCACCACGCUGCUGCACAUGGACGAGCAGGCGCACGCGCACGCAUUCCAAUUAACGAGCAGCGGGCGAGCCAACAGCAGCAUGAACGCAGUGUGCGAGCUGGUGCGAGCCUUGUGCCGCUGGUGCGCCGAAGGCUGCGUGGAGGCGUACCUGGCGUGGCUCACGGCCGCCGCCGAGCUGUGGCUGCGCGAGCGCAAGGCUCCCUCCGCCGCACUCGUGCACACUCUCGCUGCCGUAUUAUGGACAUUGAAAGAGGAACGGAUAUUAGAAAAUCUAGAAGAGUUAAUAACAGACGACCUGUUUGAGCUCGUCUACACUUGGGUGAAGGACGUACCCGAGGCUAGUCUACUGAAGAAAUCACUCGAUGCAGUAUUAUGUUCGAUGUGCUACAUCCGACCUGAGCUCUUCAGAAUGUUGUUAGAACAAAUGGAUAUACCCAUCGCCCACGAUGAGAGCAUGGAGGGCCUAACAGACGACACUAAAGUAGCGGGGUCCCCCCGUGGUGCGUGCAGCAGCGGCGCCGGCGGCACGGCGCCUGACCUGCGCACGCGCUGCGCCGGCUGGCAGCUGCACACUCUGGCGCUGGCCGCCAUGUCGCCCGCCGCCACGGCCGCGCUGCUGGCCAGCCGCCUGCCGCACGCCGUCACCGCCGCCAUACAAGAGUUCAGUGAAGCAAAGUUGGAGCAAAUAAAGGAGCAACAGUUAGGCUCACAAGAAGACAUUCGGAUGCUAGACUCCGAGAAGGAAACUAAUCAAAAUAAGACUGAUUUACCAACAAUGAAGACAAUCUGUCAGCUGGUGGAAUGGACAAGACUUCUAUGCACGGACAGACGGCUGAAGGACUGGCUGGGAGGACCCGGGGCCGUGUUCUGGAGCCCGCUGCUGCGGCUGCUCUGCUACCCUCGACAUCCAGAGAGCACGUGGCAGGAGGGUGCGCAAUACGCGCAGCUGGAAGAGAACACGAUUCGGCUAUUCGCCGAGCUGACCGUGUGCCACGCCGCCAACCAGAAGCUGUUCGCUUCUACGCUGCAUGGGAUACUGGAGUCUCUGCACUGUACUGGCCCCGAGGGCAUCUCCGGGUUCACGCGCGCGCUGAUCCUGCGGCUGGUGCUGUCGGGCGAGCGCGCCAGCGUGGCGCUGCGCUGGGCGGGCGCGGCGGGCGCGUGCGCCGCGCCCGCGCCGCGCCACCCCGCCGCCGUGUGCCACGCGCUGCUGGCGCUGCCGCUGCACACCACCGUGCGCUCGCUGCUUUGCGAACACCGCCCGCCGCUACCUCUCCUCGACGACACGGCUAAAGUGUGCGUGAACAACACGACGAACUCCGGCACGGCUUCAGUCCUUCGCAGUGCGUCUGAUACGGCCAUCAUGACGGUAGCGGAGGCCUGGGAGCUCAGCCUGGCCGCGGCCUCCGCCUCCAAGGAUAAGCGAGUGAAAGACGUCAAGAACACCUCGCUCAAACAACAGAACACCAAGAAACGACAGACCAAGACGAAUAACGAUGCGUCUAUGUUGUCUGUUACUGAUGAUCUGAUAGAAACCACGAUUCGCGUGCAAGUUCCUGGCCUGGAAGGUUUCAUCCCACCAGCAACGACGCUGGGGCAACUCGUGGCCGCGGUCCCGCACGUGUUUGGACCACACCUCACGCUCACGCUGCAUCUCAACACCAACGGAGACGUAUGGUCGGGCCCAACGUGGGAGCCGGCGGCCAGCAGCAGCGGCGGCAGCAGCAGCGGCGGCGCCAGCAGCGGCGGCGGCGUGAUCCUGCGCAGCUUCGGCGCAUGCGGCGGGCUGGCGCUGGUGGCGGCGCGCCUGCCGCGGCCCGCCGCGCCGCCCGCGCCGCCGCCGCUGCCCAAGCUGCACCACCACGACCUCGACUGGGUCAAGCUCGACGACCCCUACGAGGAGGUGGUAGAACUAGGCGUGUGUUCAGCUAACAAUAUGGAAGAGAGCGGGUGUUCCGGGGUGCCGGCGCAUGCGCUAGUAGCCCUAGGGCUCCUGCUCAAGCUGCCGGGAUAUGCCGACGCGUUGUUGGACGAGGGCGCGCGGGCCGUGCACCUGCUGCGGCUGUUGCUGGGAGUCACGCACGAUGAGGACGGACGGAGUAUCGUAGUAGGCGGCAGCGGAGCUAACGGCAACUGGUCACUAGGCACACUUCCGUUCCGAGUGGUGGCACAGCUACUAGAAGCGGCGCCACUGAGCAGCCCGGAAGGUAGACAGCUGCGACGGGCAUUGCUAGCACUGGGAGCGGUCCGGCUGGUACUCGCCUGCCUCGCCGUCUUCACGCACCACAGACCCGCUUCCAACGAUAACAGCCAAGCGUCCAACGGCUCUUCAGGCGGCAAGGGCGAGGAGAAAUCCCAGCUGUACUGGGCGAAGGGCACGGGCUUCGGCACCGGCUCCACGCAGCAGUCGUGGAACGUGGAGCAGGCGCUCGUACGGCAGCGGACUGAGGAGGAGCACGUCACUGUGUUGCUGCAGGUAUUAGCAUCGUAUAUGAAUCCCGGAGAGAAGUGGCCCCCGGAGGAAGGCACGCCGCAAGUGGAGCUGGACGAGUCGGAGGGCGACGACGAGGACAACGACCUCCCGUCAGAGUUCAUCGACCUGCUCGUCGGCAGCUCGCUCGUGCCCGCCAUAUGUUCCUAUCUUAGGAAUGAUUCUGUGCUGGACAUGUCCCGCCACAUCCCGCUGUACGUGUGCGUGCUGCGCGCGGCGCGCGCGCUGCGCGGCCUGCGCGCGCGCCGCCUGCGGCCCGCGCUGCGCCCGCUGCCCGCGCUGCUGCACCAGAUGUCGCGCACCACCAACUCCUACGCCACCAAGCUACGGAUGAGUAAAAAAAAUAUAUUUGGGAAAAUGACGUAUAGCCAAAGAUUUAGUACUUCAAGCAAUUCAGAACUGUCGGAAGAAGACGAGGGACUCGCCUCGCUCAUUGCCGAUAUUCAGGCGACGUCAGCGCUGUUGUGCCGGACGGAGGGUGAGCCCGAGGCGUGCGGCAGCUCCGUAUCGCGACCCGUGAGUGGCGCCAGCCGCGAGGCUCGGUACAUUGAGCUCAUGCGGACCAUGCAGUUUGAGACGUUCGAGAUGAUAGUGGAGUGCCCGGAGUCGGGCUUCAAGUUCACGGUGCCGUACCACUUCGAGGGCACGGUCCGCGCGGCGGGCGAGCGCGCACACCCGGCGCGCAUGAAGCGCCUGGCGCAGGAGGCCGCCACGCUGGCCACCUCGCUGCCGCUCUCCUACUCCUCCAGCGUGUUCGUGCGCACCGACACCGACCGGCUCGACGUCAUGAAGGUCCUAAUAACAGGCCCCUCCGACACGCCGUACGCGAACGGUUGCUUCGUGCUAGACGUGUACUUCCCGGCGGAGUACCCCGCAGUGCCGAUGCUCAUCAACCUGGAGACCACGGGCCGGCAUUCCGUGCGGUUCAACCCCAACCUCUACAACGACGGCAAGGUCUGCCUCUCCGUGCUCAACACCUGGCACGGGAGACCCGAGGAGAAGUGGAACGCGCACACUUCGAGUUUUUUGCAGGUGCUAGUGUCGAUCCAGUCUUUGAUCCUGGUGCCGGAGCCGUACUUCAACGAGCCGGGCUACGAGCGCAGCCGCGGCACGCGCGUCGGCUCCAGCGCAUCACUCGAGUACAACUCCAACAUCUACCAGGCCGCCGUGCGCUGGGCCAUGCUCGACCACCUGCGCAACCCCGAGCCUUGUUUCAAGGAGGUGAUCCAGACGCACUUCUGGAUCAAGCGCAACGAGAUAAUGCAGACGGUGGCCAACUGGAUCACGGAGCUGGAGGGGCAGAGCGGCGACGAGCGCACGCAGCGGAGUAUACAGCUCAACCUGAUGGCGCUCAAGCGGCACUACGUGAAGCUGCAAGAGGAGCUGGCGAAGCUGCCUACGCCGGCGGGGCUGGAGGACCUGGACGAGCCGUUCACGCUGCCGGCGGCGCCGCCGCCCGAGCCGGCCGCCGACCCCCCCGCCGCCGACAUCGACCACGACAUGGAGAAGAUCGUCGCGCAGGUGCUGGACUGAGCCGCGGGCCGCCGCAGCCCCCACCCGCCCCCCGCCC